GCUUGCCAACACGUGACACUGCUAGAUGGAUACCCGCGCCAUGUCCGGCCAUGCCGAUCUAAGACUCUAAGCUGCGACCCGGCGAGUGAGGGACGCCAUGGGCGGCUGUGGCUUCUGGCUGCCUGUGGCCGCAGCGUCUGCCGCCUCUGCGGCGGCAGCGCUGGACACCGGGGUGGCCUGGAAGGAGAUGCUUAGCACGCUCAGCGACUACCGCGCGCAGUCUGGGUUCCGGGUAUGCUUCCUCGGGCACGAGCCUCAUACGCUGGAGUUGGCCUUGCAGCUGCUGGUGUUGCCGGAGCCCUACGCGUCCCAACUGCCGGGGCCCAUGUCCGUGGCCUUGCUGCGGCAGACGGCCCUGGUGAAAGAGGAAACGCAGGCGGCGGCCCUGGAGCACGGCGACCGUCUGCAGGUCUUGGGACCGGAGGAGCACGAUCUGUUCGAGCCGGGCUCUUGUGACGCCGUGAUCCUGGCGGCGUUUGCCGCGCGGCCAGUGGUGGACCUUAGCCCGGUGGCGUCCUUGGUGCACGGAGGGCCACUGCCGCACCGCGUGAUCAACGACGAGGUGGAGGAAGGCGUUUUCCUCUUGGGGCACUUCGGUGCUUCUUGCGGCCCAGGAGACCACGGGUGCCGGUCCCUGCACGCCGCCUGGCGCGACGUCGCCGGCGAGGCGGCCUCGUGCGGGGCGCACUUCUGCGGCGCAGCGGUAACCCCUGAGGCGCUGCUGAACGUCCACUUACCUUCGAUCGAUUGCGAUGGCAUGCUGGGCGCGAGCGUUCCCAGCUCCGCCUCCCAAUGGCAGCAAGAUUGGUUCGUGUACAAGAACUUCUUCAAAAACUCCCCGCUGGACGUCGGUGCCGCGGGAGACCGUCAGGGAGUGUUUGUGGAUGUGGGCGCUUUUCACCCCAUCCAUCUCUCCAACACCUACUUCUUCGAGCGCUGCUUGGGCUGGCGCGGGCUCUGCGUGGAGCCCAACCCCUCCAUGCACCCCUUCUUCGAGGCUCACAGGCCAGCCUGUGAGCUGGUGAAGAACUGUGUAUGGAGCCACCCCCGGCGAGUGGUGAUGUCCUUCCAGAAGGACCCCAUCGAGGCCUACAUCCGGGAGGAUGAGGGCAACACCACUGCAGACGAUGUGAGCGGCGCUGUGAAGAUCACCGGGGGCGGCAAGCGCCCGGAGUUCGUGGCCGAGUGCCGCACGCUGGAGGAGAUCUUGCGGUCCAAAGGCCUGGCGCGGCCGCAGGUCGUGGACUUCGUGUCCGUGGAUGCGGAGGCCGCGGAGGUGGAGAUCUUCCGGGAUUUCCCUUUUGAGGACUUCGACCUCAAGGUCAUCAACGUGGAGGUUCAGGCCAAGAAUUACUAUGAGCUGGACAACACCAUCUUGAACGCCGGCUACGCCAAGAUCGCGGUGCUGGGCGGAGACCACGUUUAUGCCAAGCUGGGCUCAUCGCUGGCGUUCCCCUCCCGCAUGGCAUCCUGGCGAAAGGCUUUGGCGCAGGACUUUUGGGCGCACGAGGCGCCCAAGACGGCGGUGGCCCUGAACUCCCGCGCCGGCGGCCCGGCCUCGAGCCCCGAAAGCUGAGCUCGGCGAGCGGAGCUCGGCUCGCUGGGCUCGGCUCCGUUUUGGGGUCUCUGUGGCUUUUGCUCGGCUUUUUUUUUUCUUGGCG